CGGCAGCUGUCCCCGGCUCCGGGCGGUGAGCGGGCGGGAGGGACGCGGGGCUCCGGGCUGGGGAACCAGGGGGCCGAGAAUAUGCCUGGUGACUCUCUCCCUGGCCUGCAUUACAGGCUGCUGGAGCCCUGGGCCCACAGAAAGAUGGCGAACAUCGGCGACCUCCCCGAAGACAUCCUGGUGGAACUCUUUUCCCUGGUCCCCGCCCGGGAGCUGAUCUGUAACUGCCAGCUGGUCUGUGUCCUGUGGCGGGAUGUGGUCAACUUAGCCACUGUGUGGAAACGCAAGUGUCAGCGGGAGGGCUUUAAUCAUGAGAAGUGGGACAAGACUAUCCAGGACUGGAAGAUCUUCUAUUUCCUCUGCAGCCUGAAGAAGAACUUACUCAAAAAUCCUUGUGCUGAAGAGAGCUUUCAGUUCUGGACUCUGAAAUCGAACAAGGGAGAUAAAUGGAAAGUCGAGGAUCUGCCUGGGCAACACGGGAGAGACUUUCCCAGCCCACACGUGCACAAAUACUUUGUCACCUCUUACGGGCUGUGUCUAAAGUUUCAACUCAUUGACCUAAAGAAAGAGGGUUACUGGGACCAGCUGAUGGAUGAAAUACGGCCUGAUAUUGUAGUCAAGGACUGGUACGCUGCCAGGUUUGACUGUGGGUGCCGUUAUGAUCUCUGUGUGCAACUGCUCUCUGCAGACUACAUCGUCCUUCACAAGUUCUGUCCCGAACCAGUGAUCAUAGAGCAGUGGAGUGAUGCAGAGUGGAGAGAGCAUGGCGAAUGUGAAGCUAGCUCGGCGGUGUUUCACUUCAGCCUCCUGCUUUAGCAACACUUUUUGUUUGGUUUGCAAGGCCUAAAGGAGAAAAUUUAAAAUCCAAAUAUUUUCAAAUAAACCUGCUGCUACAGGGUUUUAGCUUAACAGUAAUCACACUGUAAACAGUUUUCUCUAUGUCUGGCACCAAAUCACCGAUCAAAUAUGAACUGAAAAGCUUUGAAAAUUGAUCUGUAUUCCCCUCCUCUGUAAUGUCAUUUGUUUUCUACACUGUACAAGCUGAGAAUCGAGUUUAGUUUCACUUUCAGGUUUAGUUCUUCCUGUUUGGGUUGCUGUUGCUGCUGGGAACCGUUGGCUAACAACCAGCUGUUGCACUGGCAUUUCCAAAUCCUCCCUGGUCAUAUUGCUAUAAGUUUUUUGUCAAAGCAAUUUUUUAUUUGUAUCGAAAAGCCAAGCUGAGUCAAAUGCCAGUAGGUCCUCUUUUUAAUGUGUCUUUAAUUUUGCAUCCGAGUUCCCUGCACCCUUUGUUUUCAGGCCUCUGAUGUUCCUCUUUCCUGAAAGUAUUUUCGAGUGCCUGCUGUGGGCCUCAACAUUACUUAAUAUGGGAGAGGCGGCAGCCAGAGGAGUCAUUGCUAAGCAGCAGCUGGCCCUGAGCGAGAGGGGAAGCUAAUCUGUCAGAAAAAGAAGGGAAGUUUGAUUGGUGACCUGAAAAGGAUUAAGAAAUUGGGUGUGUGCUUUGUGUGACUUAGCUAAAGUGCUGAAUAGGUAAAGAGGGUGGAGGGGUGUUUCUCUGCUUGCUUUUUUUAACUUCAGAUAUAGCAGGAAGAUUGAUUUUCCUGGCAGAAUAGCCAGGGGAGAGGUGAGUGCUCACUCUAUUUCAAUGUUUUCUCAAUGUGGCAGGGGGAGGGAGGAUAAACCUUCUAAACGUGAAGCCAGUGUAACUGAUGCAGUGACGUUAGCCUCAGGCCUUGUCUACCCUAGAAUGGUUUAUCAGCAAAGAGGGGUAGGCGUCCAGUCACCGUAACAUACAACAAGUAGAGCAGAGCAGUUGCUGCCGCAGCAACAGUGGCAUCAUGGGCCUGUUGCUGGAGGACUCUUGGUACCAGUGUAGGUAAUACAGCAUCCACACAGUCCAGGUGGAGGAACUCGUGUCACUUCACUGGCAGGAGUUCAGCUUUGUGCUGGCAGGACUCGGGUUUGAGUGUAGAUGUGUGCACGGCUAUGCCGCCAGAAGUUGAGUUUUCCUAGUAAAUCAUCAUCGUCAUUAGUUGUUGCAACAGUGCCUCAGAGCCCAAGUCAAGGACCAGGACUUUUGCAUUAGGUGUGAUGCAAACUCAGAACAAGACGACAGGCUUUGCCCCAAGAGCAGCCAAUCUAAUAUAAGACAGACAACAGAGGGAUACCAAGGGGCAGCACAGCGAAACAAUGAGAUGAUAUUGCCCAGCAUGAUAGGCAGUGGUUUGUGCACACCAUAAGCCUAAAUCUAGUAGCAUAGACCAGACCUCGGUGAUUUAAUGGAAGAUGUCAAAAUCCCUUCAACUGGUUUGAAAUCAAGUGAGUGGAUGCUCAAGGUCCUGAUUUAGCAAGGCGCUUACCUCCUUUCCAGUGCCGUAGAUAGGAUAACACAGUGGUUAAACACCCCAGGCCCAUCUGCACCAUGUAGCCGCUGCCACAGUGAACUGAAUGUGGGAGAACUUGGGGCAUGUAGUAUCCGACUAUAGAUAUCAAGGAGGCUUCCAGGCUGACAGGGCCUGGAUUUUUAACAUUAUUUUAACCUUUUCUGGCCUUCCAUAUAGAGCAACGCAAGCCUCUGUCUGUAACCCUCUUCCAGCUCAGAGAGGAUGUUCAUGAGAUAACUUCUUCACAAGGCCAGAGCUCUUCCUUUACCAUAGGGGAUGCCUACGCUGUUUAAAACACAAACGAAACCCCACCCUAUAGCAGCACAUCAACUGACCCAGGCUCGUGCUACAGGGCUAAAAAUAGCCCGCUUGGGCUGGAGCCUGGGCUCUGAAACCCACUCGCUUGCCGGGCCGGGCUGAUCUGCCUCUUGAGACUGGCUGCCUUGGCUUAGUGUUGAGCUUUUUGCAGUACAGACAUGCUCACAAUCACAGGACAGGGGCCGAGUCCAUCGGGCAAAAUGAAAGAUGUUUUUUCUCCCUUUCUUACC